AUGAUGAAGGGGUCAACGACCACAGCGAUGGACAGAUGUGCGGAAGUUGUAAACGAGAGACCAAAUGACACUAUCGUUUCUCUGGCGCACGCUGACCAGUGUGCGUCAUCAGCGCUUAAAUAUGCAGGGAAUGACGAAGUUAGUGUAGAUGGGAGGGGCAGUGUUGAAUGCGUGGAAGCAGGUACCGUGGUUUUGACAAAGACAGACGUUAGCGUAACAACGACGACAAUACUGGUGGCUGCGAAAACCAGUAAAGCAAGAAGGAGGCCUCAAGAAGUACUGAACUUUGGUACAGUGACACGUGUAGAAUCUCAGUUGUUGACACCGGAACAACACGAGCGUAAGCGACUUGACGAUGUUGUGCGUGAAAGCGGUAGUGGGAGAAAAGAGUCGCCAAAUGAAAGGUGGAUUAAAAUACAACGUAGAAGGUUAUAA